AUGGAGAAAUUAAACACUGGGGAUGGACAACUUUUCAUCAAGAAUGUCGCCAGCUAUGUUCGCACUCAUGAAAAGGCGCUUGCCAAUGCGCUACAACUCCGUCGCCAACCCACCAAAAAUGCGAUCCCACAGUCACCCAGCGGUCCAUUGACUCCUGGUAGUUCCUUUGCUUCCACUUCGUCUACUCUGGCCGCGGCCUUCUCGUCCGCAGCAUUGAAAUUCAUGUCACAGAACGUUAAAACCGCCAAACUGACAUUGACCCCCCACCACCUUUUCUACCUCCUCUCCCAAUUCGAAGAACUCAGCAUUGCUGUGGGCCCUAUGAACAUCCGACUGGAGAACAUCCACACCGAGGUUUCACAGUCCUAUGUUUCCUUCCUUACUAAACCCCAACAGUCCCGGGGCGAUGGGGCCUCUAUCCAUUCUGUUUCCAGUGUUCGUAGUGUUAUGUCUGGUAUGACCGAUCUCUGGUCAUCUUUUCGCCUUGGUUCUAGGGAUACUCCUUCCAAAUCGGAUAGGGCCAAAGCCGCCUUGGAAAUGGACCUGAAGUACUUGUACUCUGCUUUCACCAAGAUCCCGUGUUUACGCCUUGCCCCUGACCACCGAGCUCCUUUGAUCAGUGGAUAUGAAGAGUUCCCCUUCGAUACGGCUGUGCCAUUGCAUUCCUUCAAGAAUUUGAGCGCUUUAGAGAUUAUUGAUUUAGACUACCGUUCUUUCUAUGGCUGGGACCGAUUGUCCGAGCAGCUGCGCACCUUGACCCUCAAGAGAGCCCACUUGGAUGACCCUGCUGAUCUUUUGACGAGGAUUGUGUUGGACGAUAUCGACAAGCGACGUCGACGAUCUGCCAAGUCUCAACAAUCGCCAACGCUAGGAUGGACCGGCGGUUCCAACACUCAGCCGGUUCACACGCCCGACCAGACCAACUCACUUUCGGCGCCCGGAUCUCCUAUGGCGGACACAGCUUUCGGAACCAGUACUAGUCCUAAGUCGCGCCCCAUGAUACGAGGAGGAUCAGAAGAUGCCAUGGCCCGUACUCGAGCAGGAAGUAUUUCGCCAACUCGUCCGGCCACGAAGCAUGGCCACCGUCGGGGUCAGUCUCGACAGAUAAGGCGCACUGGCUCUGCGAGCUCCGAGUCGAGUGAGCUCUCUCGAAAUGGAAGCUCUUCAAACCUUCUGGCAGACGUGCUGUCACCUUUGAAGUGGCGGUUCCUACGACACCUGGGUCUUCCAGAAAACUCCCUGACAUCCGUCUCCGCUGCCAGCCUUGCCCCUGUGGCCAACAGUUUGAACUCGCUUGAUUUGUCCUCGAACCUUUUGACAGAGAUUCCAGACGGUCUGGCAUCACUAGUGGCAUUGCGGGCACUUAAUUUGUCGCAUUGCAUGAUUGAUUCUCUCCACUCCCUCACCCGCAACCCACUACCUGCGAUCACCGUGCUUACUCUUCGCGGAAAUCGCCUGCGUUCACUCGCUGGAAUUGAGCGGUUGCUCUCUUUAGAAAGAUUGGAUCUCCGUGACAACAACCUGACAGAUCCGACAGAGAUUGCACGACUAACAAGCCUCCCUGAAAUAAGAGAGAUUUGGGUGUCUGGUAAUCCAUUCGUCAAAACUCACUCGGGAUAUCGAGUUGUGAUCAUGAACCUCUUCCGCCGAACGCCUGGAUAUUCCGAAGACAUCAUCAUUGAUGGUAGAGGUCCGGGCUUCACCGAGAGAAAGCAGCUUGUCGACCGAGUUGCAGAACCUCAAGCCGCACCGGUUGUGCGUUGCAGUCCGGCAGAUGAAUCAAUGGUUGUACAAAAGUCUACCAUCUCCAAAGUUCCUCACGACCUUGCGGCUUUAAAACCUCAAGAAGACGAAGGAGAUUUGCAUUUGAAUGGCUUGCAGCGGAAAGAAAGCGACGGAGGUACCAAUCGUCGCAAAAAGCUUCAACGGCGCAGAAUAGUUGACAUCUCGGUCGACAACCCCUUCACCACAGACGGAUUGGGAAAUUCAGGAAGCAAACCUCUUCCGGCUCUUCCCGUCCAGCAAAUCCAAGCCCCAGCCGAUAAUCCGAUUGUCAUUCCUGUUGAUCAACCGUGGAGGUUGGACAGCGGAGCGCAAUCCGGAUCUUCAAGCAUCCAGAGUCCAGCAAAGCAUAUGCAUUCACCGAGUCCUACUCUUGUACCGUCUUCACAAGGCAAGGACAGGACCAUGGACGAGGAGUUCUGCCGCCAGCAGCUAGAAGUCCUUCGUCAGGAUAUGGGCCAUAACUGGCUCACUGUCCUCGGCGAAAAUGAUUGGGAUAACUCCCAUAAAGACUUCGCUCACAGCUCAGGGGCAGGUUUAGACCAUUCCGCACACAUUUCCACCCCACCUAUCACCCGCUCAAACACCCAGGUCAUCUUGAGCGGACAUGCGCUUAGCGGAUAA